AUGUUCUCCACCCUGAGGGAUUUCUUCUGCUUUAAGAAAGAGCCGAAAACUCCCUUGGGGUUUUGUGACGGCCCGAGCAACGGAAAGGAGAGCUGGUCCUGUUGUGACUGUGGGACCGAGGAUAGGUACCAACAGCCUUAUGACCCAGAAAAUAAAUUUCAUGAAGCUGUGUGUCAAGGAAGGAUCAAAACGGUGCUGAAGCUACUCUCUAAGAAGAAGUUUGACGUAAAUGACAAGGAUAAAAAGGGACGAACUGCACUCCACUUCGCCUGUUUUUAUGGUCAUCUGCAUCUGGUUUAUUUCCUUUUACAUAAUGAAUGUGACAUAAAUGAACUUGAUGAUCAAAAGUCCACACCACUAAUGAAGGCUAUACAAAGCUGGGAGACAAAAAUUGUUUCUGUCCUCCUUGAUAAUGAAGCAAAUCCCAAUAUUAAAGACUCCAAGGGAGAAACAGCAUUACACCACGCAGUAUAUGUAGACAGGCCUGAUAUCGUCACCAUUCUCCUUAAAUUUGGGGCAAACAUUGAAGAAAUUACAAAGGAUGGAUUCACCCCUCUGCUGCUAGCACUCCAAGAAAGGAAACUCCUCAUGACAGAACAUUUAAUAGCUCAUGGUGCAAACAUUUAUGCAUGUGAUAAUUUUCGAAGAACAACUCUCAUGUAUGCAGUUAAAUGGGAUUCUGAAGAUAUUGUUGAGAUUUUACUGAAGAAAGAUGUUGAUUACUCCGUAAAGGAUAUCUUUGGAUGGAAUGCACUGCAGUAUGCCACGGCAGGAAAGCGCAAAGUGUAA